AUGGCCAUUCCUAACCUUUUUGCCGCCUUGUUCUUUGUGGUCGGCAUUUUAUCGCAAAAGAUUAUCGACUUGAGCGGAAGCGAUUGGACAUUGGAAAACUUGCCCCUGAAUAUCAGUGUGCCUGGAUCGGUGCCUUCACAAGCGCAUUUGGACCUUUACGCUGCUCAGGUCAUCGGUGAUCCAUACUACGGCUUGAACGACUUUAAUUUGCGUUGGAUAGCCAAUAGUAAUUGGACAUAUAGCGCUUUGCUGUCGGGAUUACGUACGGCUAGCAGUACACAGACAUGGCUUCUCUUCAACGGCCUGGAUACCUUCACCAGUAUCGAAUUCUGCGGGCAGCCCGUAGCCUCCACCAACAACCAGUUCCGCCAAUACUAUUUCGACGUCUCAACCUUGCUGAGUAAUUGUACUUCACCGAUUCUCAGCAUCAACUUCGGCAGCGCUCCGAUGAUAGCCGAUCAAAUCGCUGCCGAGCCAGGCCAGGAGACGUGGCCAUACGGUGUUGAAAUCAUCUACGAAUUCCCAAACAGGCAGUUCAUCCGCAAGGAGCAAUCGGAUUUCGGAUGGGAUUGGGGACCUGCUUUUGCUCCGGCUGGCAUUUGGCAGCCGGCAUAUGUCAUACAGCUCUCUUCCUCGCCCAAUGCAUCCUCGGAUAUCUAUGUCAGGAAUUCUGAUUACGAUAUCGCUCGUGUGGGUCAAAUGAACAACAUUCCUCCGGAUCAAAGCGCACCUUGGCUUUUGAAUGCAAGUCUAGACGUUUUGGGCAAUUUGCCUCAGGGUGCUGCACUUAACUAUGUUAUUGCCAAUUCGAUCACGAACCAGACUGUGUCUUCGGGUACUUUGAACAAUGUGACCAGCUCCAAUAGCACCAUCACAGGUACUGCCGUGCUUGAUCCUUCACUAUACGAAUUAUGGUGGCCUCGUGGACUGGGUCCUCAAAAUCUCUACAAUCUCACUGUCAGUAUUGUCGACAGCAGUAACAACACAUUGGCGUCGAUCAACAGGCGUACAGGUUUCCGUACCAUCGUUCUCAAUAUGCAAGUAAUUUCGGACGAGCAGAUAGCGCAGGGUAUCGCUCCCGGAAACAAUUGGCAUUUCGAAAUCAACGGCCACGAAUUCUACGCCAAAGGCUCGAACUUGAUCCCUCCAGAUGCCUUCUGGCCACGAGUGACUUCCACGAAAAUACAGCAACUAUUCGAUUCUGUGACAGCUGCUAAUCAGAACAUGCUACGCGUUUGGGCAAGCGGAGCUUAUACGCCAGAUUUUAUCUAUGAUAUGGCUGAUCAGGAAGGUAUCUUGAUGUGGUCGGAGUUUGAAUUUGGUGAUGCGCUGUAUCCGGUCGAUCAGGAGUUCAUUGACAAUGUCAUCGAGGAAGCGACGUACAAUGUGAGAAGAGCGAAUCAUCAUCCAUCGCUGGCAUUGUGGGCUGGAGGCAAUGAGUUGGAGUCGCUGGAGCUAAGUACUGUGAACAAUACCGCUCCUGACCAAUACGACACCUACUUGGCACAGUACGAGCGACUCUUUUUAGACACACUUCUGCCGAUAGUAUAUGCAAACUCCAAGAGCAUUAGCUAUAUUCCCAGCAGUACCACUAAUGGCUACCUCGAAUUGAACUUUUCCUUGCCCGAGCCGAUGAUCGAACGAUAUAACAACAAGACUCCUGGAUCAGUGUAUGGAGACACAGAUUACUACAAUUAUGACUCUUCCAUCGCAUUCAACUACUCUUCAUACCCAGUCGGCAGGUUCGCAAACGAGUUCGGCUACCAUUCUAUGCCCUCUCUACAGACUUGGCAGCAAGCAGUGUCGCCGGCAGAUCUUCACUUUAACUCCACAACAAUUGUGCUUCGGAACCACCAUAAUCCGCCCGGUGGCUUGAACACAAGCAAUUUCGCAAAUAGUUCGGAGGGAAUGGGCCAAAUGACUAUUGCAGCACAGAGAUGGUAUCCAGUUCCAAAUAAGACCGACAGCGUUGCAAACUUCUCUGCUUGGUGCCACACAACUCAGAUCUUUCAGGCCGACUUCUACAAGUCCGAAAUCCAAUUCUACAGGCGCGGCAGUGGGUUUCCGAACCGGCAGCUAGGGUCCCUUUAUUGGCAACUGGAGGAUAUCUGGCAGGCACCCUCAUGGGCUGGCAUCGAGUAUGAUGGCCGAUGGAAAGUCCUCCACUACACAGCCAAGGACAUCUACCAACCCGUCAUCAUCUCCCCCUUCUACAACACCACAACCGGCGACUUGGAAAUCUACGUCACCUCCGAUCUGUGGUCCCCCACAACCGGCAUCGCUACCUUCGAAUGGUACCGCUGGGACGGCACACCCAUCACGAACAUCAGCACACCAUCGACCAAUUUCACCGUCGGCGCACUCAACACCACGCGCGUGCUCAAGACUACCCUCGACAACUCGACCCUCGACUUCAACAACGCCCUCCUUUACAUGAACGUCACGGCCACUGGCCGCCUUCCGAAUACAGACACCACAACGACGAUCUUCACCCAUGAGAACUUCUUCCACCCUUCCUCGCUCGCGCAUGCCGAAUUGGUCGAUCCGGGCCUUGUAUCAUCAUACGAUAACACGACAGAGCGCUUCACGCUCGAGGCUACGACGGGCAUCGCGGCGUGGACGUGGCUGGAUUACCCCGCGGGGGCACUGCUCAAUUUCGAGAAGAAUGGCUUUUGGCUCCUGCCCGGGCGGAAGAGGGAGGUGGGGUACGCGUUGAAGAGCGAUGGGACGGGGGGUCAGUGGGUGGCUGCGGUUACGGUGGAGAGUUUGUGGAACAACACGUUGGCUUAUUAG